AUGAAUUCAAAAAUGAUGUGUAAAUAUUUAAAUGUUCAUGUUCAUGUAGAAAUGUUUAAUCUUUGUGUUGAAAUAUCGUAAAGUUAAAAUGACAUGAAAACAAAUUUUUAUCUCUGUGUAUUGGAAUUGUGGAAGAAUUGGAAUAUAUAUAUAUAUGUGUGUGUGUGUUUAAUGUUAGGCUCUCCAGUUAACACGUUUAAAAGUAAAAUAUAAGCUUUCGCUUACUACAUUAGGAAAGAGUUUUCGUGCAGGGAGUCUUGAAAGGUCUGGUGUGUCAAAUUUAACAAAAUUAGGUGUUGUGUAGCGGUAGUUUUGUUCGCGGUAACACAACAUAGAACACCUUAAGUACAUUUCAGUACAUUUGCUGGAGAGCGUGGGUGAAAUAAAACUGUAGUAUGAAUGAAAGUGCAUGAGGGCCAAAUGAUGAAAUAAAAGCGUAAAAUUAGGAUUUAAGAAAAGCUUCGUAAAAUGUAUUACUAAUGACAUUUCUUUCCAGAUAUGGAAGGAUCAAGACCUGACAUAGUUAUAACAGAAUAAAGUGUCCAUUCAUGAAGAUGUAUGUCAGGAUAUAUGUCCAGAAAGGAUCAAUUGUGUCUUUUAAUCCCAGGAGCAGAUAUUCAAAGAAUAUGGUGCUGUUACGGCUUUUACGCAAUUGUAGAAGCAAUAAGCAUGAAAAUAUAAGCUGCAUUUUCAUCGAAAUGAGAAAAUGGAGCUCUACUUUAACAGACACAAAUGCAACUUCAAUAAAGCCCUUCAAUUCCAUUCCGGGACCCAGAAGAUUACCAGUUAUUGGUCAUUUACAUUUAUUUACCAAAUUCGGUCCUUAUAGCCUUGACAAGCUGUACGUCGCAUACGAAGAUCUGUACAAAUCAUAUGGUCCCAUUGUGCGAUUGGAUUUGGGAAAGUCCAUGGUUCUUCUUUUUAACCCAGAUGAUAUUCAGAAGCUUUUGGAAAUGGAUGUUAAAUAUCCAAGAAGGCCGCCUUUUGAGGCUCUUAGCCACUACAGGCUCCAACGAAAGGAGAAAUACAGCUCAGCUGGUUUGGUCUCAGAAAAUGGUCCGGAAUGGCUACGAUUGCGGAAAGCUGUAGGAUUUAUAAUGGAUACCAGCUUCGCUAAAUCUUACUUUUCAUCACAAGAACAAAUUGCCACGGAUUUCAUCAAUAGGAUGCUUCGUGUUCGGGACUCCAUUGGAUGUAUCAACAACUUUUUGCACGAAUUAUACAGAUAUACAGAAGAAGCUAUAGGAUUAGUUUGCUUUGGCAUUAGAUUGGGUCUUAUGGAUGAAGAGAUUUCAAAUUCUGACUGGAGCUCCAAGCUGACAAAAGCUUCGGAUGAUACCAUGCAGGCGAUGGCUGACACCCUUUUAGGUUUCCCAUGGUGGAAAUUCUUCAAUACACCAACUUACAAAAAACUUGUAGAAUCACAGGAAUUCUUUAACAGUUUUGCUCAGGACUGCAUUAAAAAUGCAGAAGAGAGGCUGAAGAAUCCGGAAUACAAAGAUGAUGUCACCUUAGAAUUUUUCAGAAGGUUAUUCGAAAACAAAGAUUUAAAGUCAACAGAUAUUAGUCUUCUCAUGACAGAAAUAUUUUCAGCAGGAAUCGAUGCAACUGGCAAUACAAUAGGUUAUGCUUUAUACAACUUGACAAAGAAGCCAGAAGUUCAGGAAAAGUUAUACAAAGAAAUUCGCAGGCAUGCUAAAGAGACGCAACCGUUAACUUACGAAGAUUUAGAAAAGAUGACUUAUUUAAAAGCUUGUAUUAAAGAAACGUACAGGUUAACGCCAACAUCUGGUGGAACAGGACGUAUAUUGACGUCACCAGCGGUUAUUUACGGUUAUCAAAUUCCUGCUGAUGUACUUUGCAUAGGUGUCAACCCUGUUAUAUGCCUGCAAAAUGAAUAUUUUACAGACCCUCUUGAAUUCAAACCUGAAAGAUGGGUUGAUGAAACUUCCAACCAACUGCGGAGAAGGGUUGUGCAUCCUUCCGUUUUGCUACCGUUCAGUAAUGGAACUCGAAGAUGUGUCGGACAAAGAUUUGCUGAACAAGAAGUAAAACUCUGCGUUGUAAAGAUAAUCCAAAGGUUUAGAGUCGAAUAUGAUGGGCCAGAAAUCGGGAGCAAAAUGCGAAUGCUGCUUAUUCCGGACAAGCCGCUAAAUUUCAAGUUCAUUGAAAGAAACACUGUAUAAUAGUUACUUUCUUCGGCAAGACAAUAUAUAAUCUCUGGAAGGAUGUCCAGAGAAACAUGUCUAUACAGUGCCAAAUAGCGAAAAUACAUAUAUUGUAUCUUGGUUGAAAUCGUUUGUAUAAAAAGAAAACUUAAG